GCGUGGGUUGCCUGUGCUGCGCGGUCGCCUAGCGUUAUUUCUUAUUUUCUCAUGAUAUUUUCUGAAGAUGUCCUCUCGAGUUUUGAGAAAACUCCAGGCGGAGAACGACCAAAAUCCAGGCGAACUCGGGGACGAUGAUGAAGAGACUGACCUUAACCUUAUCCCCUCAAAACCGAGACGAAAAAAGAAAGCAACUAUCAAUCCUUUUGAUCUCCUGAAAGAGAAUGGUACUGAGUCGGAAGAUGACGAGGAGAGCAGCACAAAGGAACCAGACGCUGUCCAUGAUGCUGGUGAGAAGAAGCUAUAUCAAGAACAGACUAGUGAAUCAGUCACAACAAAUACCAGGCAGGGCAAUAAGAAGAAAAAGAAGAAGAAGAAAAAGAAAGGAAAGGAUUAUCAAGAAGAGCAAAAAUCUGGAGCCAAGGCAGAGGACGAUAUUGACAUUGAUGCAACGAUCCGUGAGGUCAACAAUAUGCUUGGAAUCACAACAACUCCUUCAGCCACUACCGAGUUCUCAACGCCUGAAUUUAAUGGCAGUGGUUCUUUGGAUACUACAGCAGUCCUUGGAGUGGAACACAGAAAUUUAAAUGCAGAGAAUGAAAUGAAAAGAAGGUUUGGCACUAGUAUAGUGAGAGGAGAGGCCAGGCAAAGACGGACCCACAGGAGGAUGUACCAUCGCUCUACUUGGCUUGUUUCACCAAAAGACACAUGGCCAAACAUGUCAAAGUCAGGUUUAAGAAUGGUCCUCCUUGAAAACAAAAAUGGAUGUAAUUAUUUCGCAUUUGAGCACUCACAGACAUACCAGAACAUACAGUUCCAGUUUCUAGAUGCUGUGGAAUCUCUUGAUCCUAACAACAUAUCUGGAAUCCUCCAGUCACAUCCGUACCAUGUCGACUCCCUCCUUCAGCUGAGUGAAGUCUGUAAGAUGGGUGAGGAUUACCAAAUGGCUGCCGAGCUCAUUGAGCGCUCUCUAUACUGCUUUGAGUGUAGUUUUCACACCCUCUUCAGCCUCACGCAGGGAACAUCCAGACUUGACUACAGACGAUCAGAGAACAGGCCUUUCUUCAUUGCACUAUUUCGACAUUUGCAUUAUGUUGACCAGAGAGGUUGUCAUCGCACUGCUUUGGAGCUGUGCAAAUUUCUCUUGAGCUUGGAUCCGGACAGUGACCCUCUGUGUGCUUUGCUGAUGAUUGACUUCUUUGCCCUGACCUCAGACCAAUAUUCGUUCCUUUUACGGCUUUAUGAAGAAUGGGAGCACCACCGUAACCUUUCCCAACUGCCGAAUUUCGCAUAUUCCGUGGCGAUGGCAAAGUUCCACCUCAGUCGUACCAACAAUGAAGACAAAACAGACGCGGAUGACAUGAUCCAGAGGGCACUCAUCAUGUUUCCGUCGGUUUUGGUUCCUCUCUUGGAUAAGUGUAAUGUUGUCCUCGAUUCCUCCAUCGCCAACCAUCGAUUCUUCUCCGCCCUUUCUCUUAACAGCCAGACUAUGGCGCUGAAACAACUGGUUAUGCUGUACGUGGGGAGGGCCUAUCAUGUCUGGAAGGACCCACUGGUAAUUGACUGGCUUGUCACCAAUGCCCGACUAGUUAUGGAUCGAGUUGACAACAAUGAUUCGUUCGUGGACGAGUGUGCUAGGAAGAGGCGCAUCCGUUAUCAGGGCACGCCGAGGAAUAUAUACCGGCACAUAAUUCUCUCAGAUAUCAAAGAUGCCAGUGCUUCCCUUCCGAUGGAGCUGUCAGAGACACCGAUGAUGUCUUAUGAUCCUCUUCCGCCUGCCGACUCUAUUUCUGGCUACACUCGACCAGAAAGGCCUACUAUCACAAGUUCUGACAGCAACCCAUUGAGCAUGUUCUUCCGUUCUUUGCUGCCAUCAUUCAAUCCCCAGGCCCCCGCAGACCCAGGUGCCGAAGGGCGGGUCGUUGUGUAUGAAGAAGCCGAGGGAGCCGAGGGCGGCCCCAGGCCUUUGCGUGGAGCAGACCUAGCACAUGGAGUAGAGAAUCUCAUGUCUGCUAUGAGGGAACUACUGAAUACAAUAACAUACCGUGGGGAGCCUGGAGGUGAGGGAGAAGAUGAGGAAGAGCAGGACUGGGGAGAGAACCAACAAGGGGAAGGAGCGGGCUAGCUACAUAUAGUGAUAAUAAAGAUAUCAUGUAUCAUUGUCGACUGGAAAUAAAGUGAUUAUUUCUUAA